AUGAUGAUGGAUGACCUAAAAGAUAAUGUUGACAAAGAAAGAGAGCUCAGGGCUCUGGCUGUCCACUGUAAUAUGCUGGCUCGGAGUUUCGCGCGCUGCUCUAACGAAGUCAAGAUAACGCUAUUCAAAGCUUUCUGCCAAUCUUUCUACACUUGCAGCCUCUGGGUCUCAUAUGCGCAGCGGUCAGCCGGCGCACUACGCGUACAAUAUAAUAACGCGUUCAGGAUGCUGCUGGGUCUGCCACGGUUCUGUAGUGCUUCCGGUAUAUUCGCGGAGACGGCAACGGAUGGUUUCCCCGCGAUCCUGCGCAAGCGUACUGCGUCGCUGCUGAGCCGCCUGCGUAGAUCAUCUAACAGCAUCCUGAACGUUUUUACUGACUGGUGGGACUCUCCGCUGCUACACCAGUGGAUGUGCUUGCAUGCGGACAAGCACAUAGGUGGAUAG